UGGAGCACCGAGAAAGAGAGAGAGAGAGCGAUGGCGCCUGGAGCCGCGACUUCCGAGCUCGAGAGCUUCGCUCAAGAGAGAGGAGUGGAAAAUUUCCUGAUAAGUUUCGUGGACCUAUUAGGCGUGUCUCGAGCGAAGCUCGUUCCAAAGUCGGCAAUCCGCGAGAUGGAGAUCAAAGGAGCUGGGUUUGCUGGCUAUGCCGCACACUUUGACAUGAGUCCAGCAGAUCCCGACCUGUUUGCGGUGCCUGAUCCUCGAAGCGUGAUCCAACUUCCAUGGAAACCAGCAGUAGCUUGGGUGGCCAGCGAUUUGUACAUGAACGGCAAGCCCGUACAACAGGAUCCUCGCAGAGUCUUGCGAACUCAGGUUGAGAUUGCCGAGAGUAAACACUUGAGGAUGAAAACCGGGGUCGAAUGCGAGUUUUUCAUCCUGUCCGGAGGUAGCGAUGUUCAUCAGCUGUCGGACCGAUUGGAUAAGGCAGAGAAACCAGGCUACGAACAGAUUGCUCUCAUGAGACGGUACGACCUGAUCGCGGAAGUUCUUCACUACUUGGAAGUUCUUGGAUGGAAACCAUAUCAGGCUGAUCACGAGGAUGCAAAUGGUCAGUUUGAGAUUAACUGGGAGUAUGACGAUUGCAUCGCUACUGCUGAUAAGCACGUCUUCUUCAAGUUCAUGGUGAAAUCACUAGCUGAAAAAUAUGGUCUCAAGGCGACGUUUAUGCCCAAACCUUUUGUAAACCAAACUGGCAAUGGAACACAUUGCCAUGUCUCGGUCUGGGAUACUUCCGGCGAGCACAACGUUUUCCUUGACAAGCAAGACAAGCUUGGAUUGUCCACGACUGCUUAUGAGUUCCUCGGAGGAGUGCUCCAAAACACCAAGUCGAUCACUGCCAUUCUCAACCCCACCGUCAAUAGCUACAAGCGCAUCGAUGGAAGCACCACCCUUUCUGGCUCUUCAUGGGCUCCUUGCUCCAUCGCAUACACUGGAAACAAUCGUACUCACUUAAUACGCAUACCCGACGGUGGUCGAUUCGAGCUUCGUCUCGCAGAUGGAGCAGUCAAUCCAUAUCUUUUCCAAGCUGCCAUCUUGGCUUGUGGCCUUCACGGGCUUGAUCAUCACGUCCAUCCGGGACCAUCAGCCGAUUGGAACGGCCAUCUUCCGCCACCUGAAGGGAAGGCAGUGCAAAUUCUUCCCACCAGUCUAGCCGAAGCUCUGAAAGAAUUCUCUGCUUCUGCCACCUUGAGAAAGGCCCUUGGCGAAGAAUUUGUCACGAGCUACUCGAAGAUCCAGACUGAACGAUGGAGAUCCUUCACACAACACUUGAGCAAAUGGGAAAUCGAUAACACCAUUGACUGCUGAAACUCGAAACCUCGUUGCAAUGCAAAUGGCUACUUUGGGAUACGCCACCGGCUAUUCUCUCCCGAAGUUUUCCA